UAGCUGCUGGUUGGAGAGCCAAGGCCUCUGAAGAUCUGGAAUCGCCUAUCUUCGGGGAACAGUGAGGGCUGUUUGGUGCUGAGUGCGAAGAGGCACUAGGACAGUCAAAAGCCAGCAGGCAAGAGUUUUUCUGACUCUCGUGGAGCGUGGUGGGGACAGCGGCCGAACACGCUGGGCCCCUUCUUGCUGACGGCCGAAGGUUUCCUGUCACAGGAAGUUGGGCCAGGCCGCUGGGAAAGAGAAGGGAAGGAACCAUGAGAAAGCGGUGACGGCCCCCCGCCCGUAGGUGACUGUCCCAUCCAGUGAGUUGAAUGUAGCGGCCCGGAGGUGCUUCGCCGCCCGCACGGGCUAGACCGUUGGGUUUCCCGCACAGGUGAGACGAGGAGGAGCAAGAUCCAGACUCCAGUGAAAGAAAACAGAGGUUGGAAGCCGAGCUAUCUCCAGAUCUAGUUUCUCCAGGGAUUUGUUUUAUAAAGCAAUGGGAAAUCCAGAAAACAUAGAAGAUGUAUACAUUGCUGUCAUUCGUCCAAAGAAUACUGCCAGUCUCAAUUCUCGGGAAUACAGAGCUAAGUCAUAUGAAAUUUUGUUGCAUGAAGUUCCCAUUGAAGGACAGAAAAAAAAGAGAAAGAAAGUUUUGCUAGAAACUAAACUUCAAGGCAAGAGUGAAGUAACUCAAGGCAUAUUGGAUUAUGUAGUAGAAACCACCAAACCAAUUUCUCCUGCAAACCAGGGUAUCAGAGGAAAACGAGUGGUACUCAUGAAGAAAUUUCCUCUGGAUGGGGAGAAGAUGGGCAGGGAAGCAGCAUUAUUUAUUGUACCAUCAGUCAUCAAAGAUAAUACUAAAUAUACAUAUACUCCAGGAUGCCCAAUUUUUUACUGCUUCCAAGACAUUAUGCGAGUCUGUAGUGAAUCCAGCUCUCACUUUGCUACCCUUACAGCAAGGAUGUUAAUAGCCUUGGAUAAGUGGUUAGAUGAACGUCAUGCACAGUCUCACUUUAUUCCAGCUCUAUUUCGACCAUCUCCUCUUGAACGGAUAAAAACUAAUGUCAUAAACCCUGCAUAUGCUACUGAAUCAGGUCAGACAGAAAAUUCACUUCAUAUGGGCUAUAGUGCACUAGAAAUAAAGAGCAAAAUGUUAGCCCUAGAGAAAGCAGAUACCUGUAUUUACAAUCCUUUAUUUGGAUCAGAUCUUCAGUAUACAAACCGGGUAGAUAAAGUGGUAAUAAAUCCAUACUUUGGUCUAGGAGCUCCAGACUACUCAAAAAUCCAAAUUCCCAAACAGGAAAAAUGGCAGAGAAGCAUGAGCAGUGUCACAGAAGACAAGGAACGACAAUGGGUAGAUGAUUUUCCUCUCCAUCGAAGUGCCUGUGAAGGAGAUUCAGAACUACUAAGCCAUCUUCUCAAUGAAAGAUUUUCAGUCAACCAGUUAGAUAGUGACCACUGGGCGCCCAUUCAUUAUGCAUGCUGGUAUGGAAAAGUUGAGGCUACUCGCAUAUUGUUAGAGAAAGGAAAGUGCAAUCCAAACCUUUUAAAUGGACAGCUUAGUUCUCCCCUUCAUUUUGCUGCUGGCGGAGGACAUGCUGAAAUAGUACAGAUUCUCCUAAGCCAUCCAGAAGUUGACAGACACAUAACAGACCAACAAGGGCGAUCCCCUUUAAAUAUUUGUGAAGAAAACAAACAGAAUAACUGGGAAGAAGCUGCAAAAUUAUUGAAAGAAGCCAUUAACAAACCCUAUGAAAAAGUUCGAAUAUACAGAAUGGAUGGAUCAUACCGUUCUGUUGAACUGAAACAUGGAAAUAAUACUACAGUUCAGCAGAUAAUGGAAGGAAUGCGUCUUUCUCAAGAAACACAGCAAUAUUUCACUAUUUGGAUCUGUUCAGAAAACCUCAGCCUUCAACUCAAGCCUUAUCAUAAACCCUUACAACAUGUUCGUGACUGGCCAGAAAUACUUGCUGAAUUGACUAAUUUGGAUCCCCAAAGGGAAACACCACAGCUUUUCCUAAGAAGAGAUGUGAGACUUCCUUUGGAAGUUGAAAAAAAGAUUGAAGACCCACUAGCUAUUCUUAUUCUCUUUGAUGAAGCCAGAUAUAAUUUACUGAAGGGCUUUUAUACAACUCCUGAUGCUAAACUGAUAACACUGGCAAGUCUACUGUUGCAAAUAGUUUAUGGAAAUUAUGAGAGUAAGAAACACAAGCAAGGUUUCCUGAAUGAAGAAAAUCUAAAAUCCAUUGUACCUAUUACCAAAUUGAAAAGUAAGGCACCUCAUUGGACAAAUCGAAUACUUCAUGAAUACAAGAAUCUUAGUACAAGUGAGGGUAUCAGUAAAGAAAUGCAUCACCUUCAGCGCAUGUUCUUACAGAAUUGUUGGGAAAUUCCUACAUAUGGAGCAGCUUUUUUCACAGGACAGAUAUUUACCAAGGCAAGCCCCAGCAAUCAUAAAGUCAUCCCUGUGUAUGUAGGAGUGAAUAUAAAAGGACUUCAUCUCCUUAACAUGGAAACCAAGGCUUUGCUUAUAAGUCUUAAAUAUGGUUGUUUUAUGUGGCAGUUGGGAGAUGCUGGUACAUGUUUUCAGAUCCACAGUAUGGAAAACAAAAUGAGUUUUAUAGUACACACAAAACAGGCUGGCCUUGUGGUAAAACUAUUAAUGAAACUAAAUGGACAGUUAAUCCCCACUGAAAGAAAUUCAUGAGAGGAGAACAGCUGAUACUUAAGCGACCACAUUUUGUGAUGCAGAUUUUUUCCAUGAAAGAUUUAUUCAACUAUUACUUUUAACAAGGCAUUUAGUCUCUUGUAAUAUAUAUGUAUACUUCUAUAUUGUACAGAAUCUGUACUUAUGUUUGGUGUGUAAUAUACCAACUAGUUUUAUAUUAUAUUCUCAUAAGCUAUUCUAAUUUUUUAGAAAAACACACAAAAGGUGUAGAAGAUUGAUAGUCUGUAUAACAUUAGAUAAAAUAAUAACCUUUAUAAAAGUUAUUUUUGGUAAAUGGUAAAGAAUUUGAAGUGGAAUGUGAUGAAAUUCAGCUAUAGCUUUAGUAUUACUGUGUCAUUUCAAAAUAUACUGAAAGUAACAUGAUUUAAAUAAAGAAAAUUGUUUUCUACUUAAACCAUA